AAGGAAAAACAAGAAGAGAGAAAAAGAGGGAAAGCUGUGUGCCUGUGUUUGGUGGUACCUUUUGAACUUGCAGGUUUUUUGGAGUAUUGUGUCGGGAGGUCUCUGAGUUUCAAUGGGCAGUUGGUUUUGAAUUUUGGGUAUUUUUGGGUUUUAUUUUAAGGAAGUAUGUAUAUAUAGAUGUUUAUUAGUUUCCAUAGUGAGAGAGAGAGAGAUCAACAGAGGGGGGCAAGUCUAAGAUCCUAAAGAUCUUUCUUCCCUUUCUGUAUAUAAAUACAGACAUACCAGCCCAGCUUUUCUCUCUUCCCUUCUGCUCUCUCUUCUUGCUUUGUUUUGAGACAACCCAGAAAUAAAAAGUAGAAAGCUUUUGGUUUUGGAGGUCACCAAUUAUCUGCAAAUUGAAAUGGAGGUUAGCAUGAGCUUUUCAAAUGACAUGGAUGAUGAGUAUGAGAAACUUUGCAGGAGAAUGAACCCACCAAGGGUUGUGAUUGAUAAUGAAGCCUGCAAGAAUGCUACGGUGAUAAGGGUUGAUAGUGCUAACAAACUUGGAAUACUUCUAGAAGUUGUACAGAUACUCACUGAUCUUAACCUUAUUGUAACCAAAGCGUACAUAUCUUCGGAUGGAGGCUGGUUCAUGGAUGUUUUUAAUGUCACUGAUCAAGACGGAAACAAGGUUACAGAUGAAGGAGUUUUGGACUAUAUUCGAAAGUCUCUUGGCCCUGAGUCUUGCUUUGCCUCUUCCAUGAGAUCUGUUGGUGUUAUACAAUCCAUGGACCAUACUACACUUGAGCUAAGUGGAACUGACAGACCGGGAUUACUCUCUGAAGUGAGUGCUGUGCUCGCCAUUCUUAAAUGCAAUGUAGUGGGUGCGCAAGUGUGGACGCACAACACAAGGGCUGCAUCUGUGAUGCACAUUACCAAUGAGGAGACGGGGUUGGCUAUUACUGAUCCCGAGAGGUUAGCUAGUAUUAGGGAAUCUGUAUGCAAUGUACUUAAGGGAAGCAUCAAAUCCAGGGGAUCUAGGACUGUUGUCUCUCACACUGUCACACACCCAGAACGAAGGCUUCACCAAAUGAUGUUUGCAGAUAGGGACUAUGACCGAAUUAAGGAUGAAAGUGUCUUGGAUGACAAGCAAAGACCAGAUGUGAAUGUUGUUAACUGGUAUGAUAAGGACUACUCGGUGGUUACUAUUCGGAGUAAAGAUAGGCCAAAGCUUCUCUUCGAUACAGUUUGCACUCUAACAGACAUGCAAUAUGUGGUUUAUCAUGCGAAUAUUGAUGCUGAGGGGCCUGAAGCUUAUCAGGAAUACUAUAUCAGGCAUAUAGAUGGAUCUCCUGUGAAAUCAGAUGCAGAGAGACAAAGAGUGAUACAAUGCCUUGAAGCAGCUAUUGAGAGAAGAGUAUCUGAGGGUUUGAAGCUAGAACUCUGUACUACAGAUAGAGUUGGGCUGCUCUCUGAUGUCACUCGAAUAUUCCGAGAGAAUAGCCUUACCGUAACCAGAGCAGAAGUGACAACCAAAGCAGGCAAAGCUGUUAAUACGUUUUAUGUUCGUGAGGCAUCUGGUAAUCCUGUUGACUCCAAAACCAUAGAGUCGAUUCGUCAAGAAAUUGGGCAGACCAUUCUGAAAGUGAAAGGCACUCCUGAAGACUUCAAUCCUGGUUCCCAGGAAUCACCAACCAGGUUCCUCUUUGGUGGUCUGUUCAAGUCAAGAUCUUUUGUGAAUUUUAAACUGAUUAGGUCUUAUUCCUGAGAAACUGGUCACUGAUCACCCCUCAUGUACAUAUUCGAUCAGUCAAAGUCCAACUUCACCAAAAUUUAGACCAAUUUAGUGGUUUAGAGACCUCAGUUUAGGAAAACAUCCAAUUAUUAUAGGAAAGAAGUAGAGUGAAGUAUUUGUAAAUAUUCCUAUCAGCAUCCUGUGUUUGUUAUUGUGAUCCAACCUCCCAUUGGGUCAUCAUAGCAAAGGAACUUGUGUAUUGAUCAGAGAAGAUCAUUUCUGAGCUUUGUAUAUAAUAAUUUUCUUUUCUGGUCCUGUU